ACCUGCUUUCUCUAAGUCUAUUCCAUGAUUUGGUUUGCUCUCACAAACCACAUUAUUUGAGAUUUGACCCACCAUCCCCCAAAAUCUCUCCUCUCUAAGCCCCCUUUUCUUCCAUUUCUCUUUCACUUUGACCCAUCAUUCCCACCUCUCAAGAAUUCCAAGUAAACCCAUUAAAUACUUUUGCUUUAGAUUCAUACAGUAUUCUCCCCUUCUUCUCUCUCUAAAACACUCCCAUUUUGGUUCUCUCUCCAGGAUUUUGUCUUCUAGUGUCUUCUUUGUUUCAUUUGGGGUUACUGCUGAAGUUUCCAACAAUGGAGAAAGCCCUUCACUAUCUUCUUCCCCUUCCCCUUCAGCUUCUCUUUGUCUUCCUUUUGCUUCGAAAACGGUGUCGUUCCUUGUCUCCUCUGUAGCUACCUCUCCUAACCCUGUUUUCUUCUUCUUCUUCUUCUUCUUCUUCUUCUACAUUUGCUUGGAUCCACAUUUCUACUUCCACUUUCAGAAAAAGGGUAUCAUUAGUCUGUUCAAAUGGAGCAAUAUGAAGUUCUGGAGCAAAUAGGGAAGGGAUCCUUUGGUUCUGCUCUUCUUGUCAGACAUAAACAUGAAAAGAAGAAGUAUGUGUUGAAAAAGAUUCGUCUCGCUCGUCAGACCGAUCGGUCCCGUAGAUCUGCACACCAGGAGAUGGAGCUCAUUUCUAGAUUACGGAAUCCUUUUAUCGUGGAGUACAAAGAUUCUUGGGUCGAGAAGGGUUGCUACGUGUGCAUUAUUAUCGGUUAUUGUGAAGGAGGGGACAUGGCCGACGCGAUAAAGAAGGCUAACAGUGUUCACUUCCCCGAAGAGAAGCUCUGCAAGUGGUUAGUUCAACUUUUGAUGGCGCUCGAUUACUUGCAUAUGAAUCAUAUCCUUCAUCGGGAUGUUAAGUGUUCGAAUAUAUUUUUGACUAAAGAUCGAGAUAUACGCCUUGGUGACUUCGGACUAGCCAAAAUGUUGACAUCGGAUGAUCUUGCCUCCUCGGUCGUAGGAACUCCGAGUUAUAUGUGUCCAGAACUUCUUGCUGAUAUACCUUAUGGUUCGAAGUCGGAUAUUUGGUCUUUAGGAUGCUGUAUAUACGAGAUGACUUCUCUAAAGCCUGCGUUUAAAGCAUUUGAUAUGCAAGCACUUAUCAACAAAAUUAACAAGUCCAUAGUGGCUCCUCUUCCAACAAAAUACUCUGGUGCAUUUCGAGGUCUCGUUAAAAGCAUGCUACGCAAAAACCCGGAACUUCGGCCGAGUGCUGGGGAGCUACUUGGCCAUCCUCACUUGCAGCCUUAUAUUGUUCAGAUUCAUCUCAAACGGAAUAAUCCGAGACGCAAUACGUUACCAGCACUCUGGCCUGAACCACCUAAUUAUAUGAAGAAGACGAGGUUCUCAGAGCUCUUGCCCAAUAAACGACAUUCGUUAACCAACGAUCGAGCUUUAAAUCCAAGCGUUUCUGUAAUAGAAUACGAUUCUCUCAGCUCAACACAGGAUAUACACGAUACACAAAACUACCCAAGUUACAAACCGUCUACUGGUGCCACUCGUGGCGGAGUAGGGGUUCACAAGACACCUUCGAAGUCUGCAGCUAACUCGAAAACUUCACGGCUUCUAUCGAAAGCUUAUGCCACUCCGAGAAAAUGGGAUGAACCAUUGAAGAACAAUAAAAAGUUGCUACCGGUUUCAUCUACUACUAAAUCUCAUGUUCGUCGGGCAUCAUUUCCGUUGCAUACGAAAGCUAUCACUGAUCAAAGCCCUUGUAGACCGAAUGUUGGUAUUCUUCAUCAUAUGAACUCUCCAGACGUGUCGGUGAAUUCUCCGCGAAUCGACAGGAUUGCAGAAUUCCCUUUAGCAUCAUACGAUGAUACCUUUCUUCCUGUUCGUCGAGCUUCACUGCCAUCCAUGCAUGGAUCAACCGGCUCGGUACAGCACAUUGAUUGUUCGAUUACCAAAGAUAAAUGUACAAUCCAAGUUUGUGAUAAGGUUCGUUCAACUCCUGGAUACACCGGCGCAUGGCAGGGUAUACAAUGCAGCUUAUUUCAAGACGACCGAGAAGCUAGAAGUGAUUCCUCGGAUCAGAAUGCAACCGCAGGAGCAUCGAGCCAUACUUCAUCAGAUUUACGACGACGCCAUUUUGAUACUUCAUCAUUACAACAGAGAGCCGAGGCUUUGGAAGGUCUGCUCGAGUUUAGUGCCCGAUUGCUGCAGCAAGAGAGGUACGAAGAGCUCGGAGUGUUACUGAAGCCAUUCGGACCUGGAAAGGUCUCCCCAAGGGAAACUGCUAUCUGGUUGAGUAAGAGCUUCAAAGAAAACACCGUCAAGCAGGAAACGUAAACCGCUCUCGUAACUACGUUAGAAUUUUUAAGUGUAUGAUCUAGAGUCGUUACAUUUUCUCAAGGUAUAUUUGACACCUAGGCAGAUUCCGGGAAGACGAUAAGAAUAUCUCGUCACUGUAGAUUAUAAUUCUUUUAGUUCGAUAGACGACGUAACGAGUAGCGGUUAUUCGUGAUUCUUAGUUUUAACUCGUCGGUAGUAGUAGAUGAUAUGCAGCAGUUCUGUUGUAGGAAUGUAAAUUUACAACAGUUUAGAUGGCUAAGAUGGUCUCGGUUUCAAUGGCUGUUCUUUUAAUGUUGACGUGGUUCGUCAGGGCAACUAAAUUUGCUGCUCGUUGAAUCGCCAUCACUGUU